GGCAAGAAAGCUAAAUUUUUGUACCUUCAACAAAAUGCUGAAACUUGAGCUACUGGUCUUAAUAACCUUGAUAUGGUGGAGCUCUGAUAAUAUUCAUGCAUAUGGUGCAGUUGAAAAUAUGCAGACAAAUCUACUAAGCAAGGGGUGCAGCGCAUACAACGCAUCCAACUUGGGUAGCUUCUUUGCCAAUAUCAAUGAAACUUUUGCAGGCCUUAGAGCACAAAUUAGCAGUGAUAAGAACAAGCAUUUUGCCAUAGAAGACAAAGCCAGGGGAGAGGUGAUCACCUAUGCUAUGUUUCAAUGCAGAAACUAUCUCUCCAAAACUGAAUGUCUUUCUUGCUUCGACACUGCCACCUCCGAAAUCCACAACUGCUCUGCUGCUAAUGGCGCCAGAAUCACAUACGACUCCUGCUUCCUCAGGUUUUUAUAAAAAACAUACUUUUUCCACUAUAAUAUCUAUAUGAGGUAUGAGAGCGAGAGGUUCUACGAUGAAACCAAUGAACCUGGCGGUGGAGUAUCAUGUGGGAACACGAGUUCAACUGUCACUGGUUUUAAAGUAGCUGCACAACCAGUGUUAAUGGAGCUCCAGCAAGCAACACCCAAAAUUAAAGGUUUUUAUGCGGCUACUAAGACACUGGUUGCUGGUGGUAGUGCAAUUUAUGCCGUUUCACAGUGUGUUGAAACGGCCAUGAAGACUAGUUGUCUGAACUGCCUACAAGUUGCACAGGACAACUUACAACGUUGUCUUCCCAACACAGAUGGGACAGCAUAUGAUGCUGGCUGUUUUAUGAGAUACUCCACCACACCUUUGUUUGCUGAUAAUCAGACUAUUGAUAUUGCACCCUUUUUAAAACAAGGAGGUUCAACGAAAAAGUGGAGUAUUAUAGGUGGUGGUGUUGUUGGAGCUGCUCUUCUGCUCCUUCUGUUGUUUGCUUGGAUAUGGUUUAGAAAAUCUAAGGGGGUUCAAAGAGGUGACAUAUUGGGAGCAACUGAGUUGAAAGGUCCAGUUACGUACAAAUAUAAUGAUUUGAAAGCUGCAACAAAAAAGUUCAGUGCUGAAAACAAACUUGGGGAAGGAGGUUUUGGAGCUGUAUACAAGGGUACUCUGAAAAAUGGAAAAGUUGUUGCUGUAAAAAAACUAGUUUUAGGGAAAUCAAGCAAGAUGAAGGAUGAUUUUGAAGGUGAAGUGAAGCUUAUAAGUAAUGUUCAUCAUCGGAAUCUCGUUAGACUUCUUGGUUGCUGCAGCAAAGGCCAAGAGAGAAUCUUGGUUUAUGAGUAUAUGGCAAAUAGCAGUCUUGACAGAUUCUUAUUCGGUAACAGAAAAGGCUUCCUCAGUUGGAAACAACGCUAUAAUAUAAUUUUAGGCACAGCAAAGGGACUAGCAUAUCUACAUGAGGAAUUCCACGUGUCCAUCAUACACAGAGAUAUCAAGACUGCUAACAUCCUGUUAAAUGAUGAUCUUCAGCCAAAAAUUGCUGACUUUGGGUUGGCAAGGCUUCUCCCAGAGGAUUGUUCACAUCUCAGCACAAAAUUUGCAGGAACAUUGGGAUACACAGCUCCUGAGUAUGCAAUGCAUGGUCAAUUAUCAGAAAAGGCUGAUACCUACAGCUUCGGUAUUGUAGUGUUAGAAAUCAUAAGUGGUCAAAAGAGUACUGAUGUGAAGGGUGAUGAGGAGAGCAGUGAAUAUCUUCUUCAACGAUCAUGGAAACUGUACGAGAGAGGGUCUCACCUGGAGCUGUUGGAAGAGGGCAUUGACCCUGAUGAAUAUGAUGCGGAAGAAGUGAAGAGAAUAAUAGAAAUUGCUUUGUUAUGCACUCAAGCUACAGCUGCAGCGAGGCCAACAAUGUCUGAAGUAGUAGUAUUACUCAAAAGCAGGAACUCAGUGGAGCACCUCCGACCAACUAUGCCUGUGUUUGUUGGAACGAAUGUGAUGACUCGGGAAGGCAACUCUACAAGUUCAUCCAAUGCUAAUGCUUCCAUUUCUAUUGUAUCAGCUCGAUGAUAAUGGGAUGUAGAAAAGGGUCUUGUUCACUUCAACUAACAAGUUGACAGAGUAAUUUAGAUAGAUGUGGAUUGCUUUUCUCUUCAGUUGUUUAUGAAUGGUACAAUUAAAGUAGAACGUAUGUUAGUGACAGGUGGUGUUGACAUACACCUUGUU